UCGGCGCCGCGAGGGGACCCCGUGUCCUGCGCCCCCGCCCCGCGCCAUGGAGGCCGCGCUGCUGCGCUUCUGCAACUGGAGCACGCUGGCCGUGUGCGCCGCGCUCAAGCUGCCGCAGAUCUCCGCCGUGCUGGCGGCGCGCAGCGCGCGGGGCGUUAGCCUCCCGAGUUUGCUGCUGGAGCUGGCGGGGUUCCUGGUGUUCCUCCGGUACCAGUGUCACUACGGGUACCCGCCACUGACCUACCUGGAGUACCCCAUCCUCAUCGCGCAAGACGUCAUCCUCCUGCUCUGCGUCUUUCACUUCAACGGCAACGUGAAACAGGCCGCACCCUACAUCGCUGUACUGGUGUGUUCUUGGUUCAUCCUCACCCUGCAGAAGUGGAUCAUAGACCUGGCCAUGAAUUUAUGUACUUUCAUAAGCGCGGCCAGUAAGUUUGCGCAGCUCCAGUGUCUGUGGAAGACGAGAGACUCAGGAGCUGUGAGCGCGCUGACCUGGAGCCUCUCCGCCUACACCUGUGCAACAAGAAUAGUAACGACUUUAAUGACCACCAAUGAUUUUACAAGGGGGACAGGCUAUGCACGAGAGUGGAUUCCUAUCUGCGUGGGGCUUCCACUUCAGCAGUGGAAUUGGACCUAA